AUGAUCAACGAAAAGGAAGAUAGCAAUACCGUGGUGAUGGCCGUGGUGACCGAAGUCGUGGUCGAAAUCGUGAUGAUCAUGAGGUCCAUGGUGGUCGUGUCCAUGACCAUGGUGAUCGUGAUCGAAGCCAUGAUGGUGUCCAUGAGGGUGAUGAUGGUGGUCGAAGUCAUGAUGGUGGUCAUGAGGGUGAUGAUGGUGAUCGAAGUCAUGAUGGUGUCCAUGAGGGUGAUGGUGGUGGUGGUGUCCAUGGCCAUGGUGAUCGUCGUCGUGAUCAUGUCCAUGAUGCCCAUGGUCAUGAUCACCGUCGUGAUACUCAAAACCGCCUUCGUGAUGCUCCUUGCCGUGGUGCCCUUUACCAUAGUCGUCGUCAUAAUCAGAUCCUAG